CUUAUCGGCUUAUAAUUUUAAUGCCGUUGCCCGUUUAGUCUCUCUCUCUGUCUCUCUUGGUUGAAGGAUCCUGUUUUGGAUAAUUGUCCCAAUCUUUGUCUUAUCUAGUAGUUGUGCAUAGCAGCCGUUGAGAGUAUUUUUUACGCUCUCUCACACAACCUGCAAUGGCAACUAACGAGAACCUUCCUCCAAAUGUCAUAAAACAACUGGCAAAGGAACUUAAGAAUCUCGAUGAGACCCCUCCAGAAGGCAUUAAAGUUGGUGUAAAUGAUGACAACUUUUCAGUUAUAUAUGCUGAUAUUGAAGGCCCAGCUGGGACGCCGUAUGAGAAUGGUGUUUUCCAAAUGAAGUUGAUAUUGUCUCAAGACUUCCCACACUCUCCUCCAAAAGGCUAUUUCUUGACAAAGAUUUUUCACCCUAAUAUAUCAUCCGUUGGUGAGAUAUGUGUAAAUGCAUUGAAGAGAGACUGGAAUCCAACCCUUGGCUUACGGCAUGUUUUGAUUGUGAUCAGAUGUUUACUUAUCGAACCAUUUCCAGAAUCAGCUCUAAAUGAACAGGCUGGCAAGAUGCUGCUAGAAGAUUAUGACGGGCUUUUUACUGGAAUACAUGCUGUGAAGUCGAAGCCGAAGCUGAAAUCUGGAGCGAUUUCUGAGCCGGCUGCGUUGAAAGCUGACCAGAUUCAUACCUCGAUAAAGUGUGCCGAUCAAAAGACUGUCACAUCCGGUGGUGAUCCCCCGUUGCCUUCCCCAUUGGCCCCCAAACCAGAGAAUGGGCAAGAUCAGUCAGCAGCUAUGCCAUCGUCAGCUGAGAUUGGAGUGAGUGGAUAUAAUGCAGCUCCAGCGACGCUGAAGAAGGAGGAGGCUGCGCUGACAAAGGUUCCCGCAGACAAGAAGAAGAUUGAUUUUAGAAAGAAAAGAUUGAAGAGACUAUGAAACAUCUUUGGUUUCCUUUUAAUGUCAAUUUGUUGUUCUCUUGUACUAUAUAGAUGGGAGCUUUGGAUUAUAACUCCGAUGUCGAUUUGUUGGAAAUAUAAAUCCUUAUUCCUUUUCUCUCUUUA